CAACCCCGCCCCUCAGCACCGCAAAAUUCAAUUCAGUUCCAAUGGGAUCUUGAACAUAGGGAUAUUUGAACUUUUGUCACUAGUUUUAUCGUUGAGUGAUUUAACAGAAAUCUUAGAGCCUUGUUGGUGAAUUAAAAGUAUAAACGUGUACUUUUUUACGUUCAAUUGAAAUUUCCAUAUUUUGACAACUUCAAUAUUACUUCAUGGAUGGAUUAUUGAUGACGUCGCAAGUUGAAUGUUGACAGAUAUUAUUUUAUUUAUAAUAUUGAAAUAAUAUAUAUAUAUAUACAUAUAUAUAUAUAUACAUAUAUAUAUUAUAUUGUGAUUAUAAUGUUGAGUUUAAGGGAUAAACAAAUAAAUGCUUUGAAGCAAAUGUUAAAUUUAAAUCAACCUGAAGAAAAACACGAUGAAUCAAUACCAGCAUGGAAAAUAUUAAUAUACGAUAGACUCGGUCAAGAUAUUAUUUCACCAUUGAUAUCUGUUAAAGAAUUGAGAGAAUUAGGAGUUACUUUACAUAUGCAAUUACAUUCGGAUAGAGAUUCAAUUCCUGAGGUACCAGCGAUAUAUUUCUGUGCACCUACCGAUGAUAAUCUUGGAAGAAUUGGACAGGAUUUACAAAAUGGAUUAUACGAUAUGUAUUAUUUAAAUUUUAUAUCACCUAUAUCACGACAAAAAAUGGAAGAUUUAGCAUCGGCAGCAUUAUUAGGUGGUGUUGUAUCCAAUAUUCAUAAAGUCUACGAUCAAUAUUUGAAUUUUAUUACAUUGGAGGAUGAUCUAUUUAUAUUGAGACAUCAAAAUAGCGAAGUUAUAUCAUAUCAUGCUAUUAACAAAGGAGACGUUAAGGAUAGCGAAAUAGAAUCUGUUAUGGAAAUAAUAGUGGAUUGUCUAUUUUCUGUUUUUGUUACAAUGGGAACGGUUCCUAUUAUACGCUGUCCUAAAGGUAAUGCUGCUGAAAUGGUAGCAAAGAUGAUUGACAAAAAGAUAAGAGAAAAUGUUUGGGACGCAAGAAAUAAUCUUUUUGAAGGAGAAUCAUCAGGAGGUCAUUACAAUUUUCAAAGACCUUUACUUAUUGUUCUUGAUAGAAAUGUUGACAUGGCUACUCCUUUACAUCAUACAUGGACUUAUCAAGCAUUGGCUCAUGAUGUAUUAGAAAUGGCAUUGAAUAGAUUAAUAGUAGAAGAGAAUAUAGGAAGAUCACCUGUCGGUGGUACUCGUUCUAAAACAAAAGCUUAUGAAUUGGACACCAGAGAUCGUUUUUGGUGUCAACAUAAAGGUAGUCCAUUUCCUAGAGUAGCAGAAGCUAUUCAAGAAGAAUUAGAACAAUAUAGAACAUAUGAGGAGGAUGUUAAAAAAUUAAAAUCAUCCAUGGGUAUAGAUAAUGAGAGUGAAGUUGCUUUAUCUAUGGUUUCUACAAAUACUGCUAAAUUAACAAAUGCAGUAAAUUCAUUACCACAAUUAUUAGAAAUGAAACGUCUUAUUGAUAUGCAUACGUCAAUAGCUACUGGUAUAUUGAAUUGUAUUAAAUCAAGACGUCUUGAUACGUAUUUUGAAUUGGAGGAAAAAAUUAUGAGCAAACAAACAUUGGAUAGAAGUGUAUUUGAUACUAUAAGCGAACCAGAUUGUGGUACACCUGAAGAUAAAUUACGUCUUGCUAUAAUAUAUUACAUUUGUACAAAUAUGUCCGACACUGAUUAUAACAAAUUGGAGGCUGCAUUACAAUCAGCUGGAUGCAAUUUAAAUCCUUUGAUAUAUAUCAAAAGAUUGAGAAGUUAUACCAGAAUAGCAGAAAUUCAAAGUAAUUAUGAAGGUGGUGGAACUAAAACUGUUAGUAUGUUUUCAAAAUUAAUGAAUCAGGGUUCUUCUUUUGUAAUGGAGGGUGUGAAAAAUUUGGUCGUUAAAAAGCACAAUUUACCUGUUACAAAAAUAGUCGACGAGCUUAUAGAAUCAAGGAUAUCGUCACAAACGGAAGAAUAUUGUUAUUUAGAUCCAAAACAAUUGAAAUAUUCCGAGCAAAUGCCGAAAAAUCGACCAACAUUCCAAGAGGUUAUUGUUUUCAUUGUAGGCGGUGGAAAUUAUAUCGAAUAUCAAAAUUUAAUUGAUUAUGUCAAGCAAAAAAGUGGUACAGGUGUUAAUAAAAGAAUUAUAUACGGUUCUACGUCUUUUAUAAAUGGUAAACAACUUUUGAAACAAUUGUCGUUGUUAGGACAGGAAGGAAACUCGUAAAAAUUGUCAAAUAUAUAUAUAUAUAUAUAUAUAUGAAAAUGAUAUAUGAAGGAAAAAGAGAAAAAAA